AUGCCCUUCGGAUUGAAAAAUGCCGGGGCCACAUACCAGCAAUUGGUGAAUAAAAUGUUUUCGAAGUAUCUGGGGGACACCAUGGAAGUGUAUAUUGAUGAUAUGCUGGUGAAGUCUUUAGUCGCCGACCAACAUCUAGAGCACCUUCAACAGGCUUUCGAUCUGUUGAUAAAGUAUAACAUGAAGUUGAACCCAUCCAAGUGCUCCUUUGGAGUGGCGUCUGGAAAAUUUCUCGGGUAUAUGGUCACAAAGCGAGGAAUCGAGGCAAAUCCAGAUCAGAUUCGUUCCAUACUCAACAUCCCUUCCCCAACGUGCGUUAAAGACAUUCAGAGACUUAAUGGGAGAGUGACAGCCCUUAGCCGUUUUAUCUCAAGAUCAUCCGACAACCUUGAACCAAUUGAAAUUGUAUCUUACAUCCCCUCCGUUGUUAUCCAAACCAAGCACCGGGUAGCAGUAAGCGCAGUUCUGGUCAGGGAAGAAGACAAGAAACAGUUGCCGGUAUACUAUGUAAGUAAGAGUUUGCUGGAUGCGGAAACCCGGUAUAGUUUACUGGAGAAGCUAGCUCUAGCUUUGGUGGUUGCAGCCAGAAAACUGAGGCCGUACUUUCAAUGCCAUUCGGUUGCUGUGGUGACGAAUUUCCCGUUGAGGAGUAUACUCCAUAGACCCGAGUUGUCUGGAAGGAUAAUCAAGUUGGCGGUGGAGCUUAGUGAGUAUGACAUUACGUAUCAACCUAGAACCGCAAUCAAGUCACAAGUCCUGGCAGAUUUCGUUGCUGACUUUGCUCCAUCAAUACAGCCGGAGGCAGAUAAAGAAUUACUUUGUAUGGUAGAUCAAGCCCCAAAGGUGUGGACUUCAUAUGUUGAUGGCUCUAGUAAUAUCAGAGGCAGUGGUCUGGGAAUUGUGCUAAUCUCACCAGAAGGAAGUGUGAUUCAACGGGCAGUCCGGUGUGGUUUCCAUGCAACUAAUAAUGAGGCAGAGUAUGAAGCCUUGAUCAUUGGUCUGAUGCUGGCCGAAGAACUUGGAGUAGCGAGUUUGAAAGUUUACUCAGAUUCACAAUUGAUAGUAAAUCAGUCAAUCGGCUCUUAUCAGGCCAAAGAUCCGACGAUGACUUGUUAUCUGGAGCUAGUGAAGGAACUGCAACUGGCGUUCGUAGAGUUUUCUAUAACUCAGAUUCCACUCGCAGAGAAUUCAUAUGCAGAUGCACUGGCCAAUCUUAGGUCGUCAAUUCAAACCGACCAGGGGCAGACAAUUCCUCUGGUACAUCUGAAGUGGCCAUCGAUCAACAGACAGAGACAAUUGGAGAACCUGGAUGACAGCGAGGUCCUUCCUGUUAGUUCAGGCCAAACAUGGAUGACCCCGUUUGUUCAGUAUUUGAUUGAUGGUAUUCUGCCAACAGAAAAGAAUGAGUCCAGACGUUUGGUCGCUAAAGCUGCUAGGUAUGCUGUACAUGAUGGGCAGCUAUAUAAAAGGUCUUAUUCAAGUCCUUUGCUACGAUGCGUAGAUUCGGUGCAAGCCCAGUAUGUACUUGCAGAGUUGCAUGAAGGAGAAUGUGGUAAUCACUCUGGUGCAAGGAGUUUGACUCAUCGGGCGUUGACUACAGGGUACUAUUGGCCAACGAUGAGGUCAGACGCAAUUGAUUACGUAAGGAGGUGCGACAAGUGCCAGAGAUUCGCUCAGAUUCCGCACAUGCCCCCAGAAAGGCUUACUCCUAUUGCGGCGCCUUGGCCAUUCAUGAAGUGGGGAAUGGAUAUAGUCGGGCCCUUACCUAAGGCGUCAGGACAGCGACAGUAUUUUCUGGCAAUGACUGAUUAUUUCACCAAGUGGAUCGAAGCUGAGUCCUAUUCAUUGAUCAAAGACCUGGAUGUGAAGAAGUUCGUCUGGAAGAAUAUUAUAUGCAGGUUUGGAGUGCCCAAGGAGAUUGUGACAGAUAAUGGUCCGCAGUUUGCAAGUCAUAAAUUUCAAGAGUUCUGUGCGAAUUGGGGAAUCAGGGUAGAUUUCGCGACGCCAAGACAUCCACAGACAACUUCACGAACGCCUACGGGGGAAACUCCUUUCUCUCUGGCAUUUGGAUCUGAGGCUGUUAUACCCGUUGAAGCUGGACUGCCGUCCGCCAGAUUUCAGUGGACAAAUGAACAAAGGAAUUGGCAGGAGUUGAAUGAUCAGCUGGAUACAAUUGAUGAACUCAGAGACCAAGCGCUCACGCGAACAGCUGCAUACCAUGAUAAAGUCUCAAAGUACUUUAACAAAAAUGUUCGAACUCGAACAUUUCAAGAGGGAGAUUAUGUGCUCAGAAAAAUCUUUGAAAAUACAAGAGAGCUGAACGCUGGGAAGCUGGGCCCGAACUGGGAAGGCCCAUAUUUGAUCGACAGGGUACUAGGAAAUGGCGCCUAUAGACUACGCGGGGAAAAUGGAGAAGCAAUCUUGCAUCCUUGGAACGCCGUUCAUCUAUAG